AUGGCUUUCCUUUACGCCGAUGCUCUAUUUUUCGUCUGCAUCGCGCUCAUUACUGCGGUGAUUCAUCACUCUGCUCGAAGUCGCUCACUACCAGCUAGCCUUCCUCCAGGUCCGACAGGUAUCCCAAUUUUUGGGAAUAUGCUACAAAUCGCUCCGGCAAAACUGCAUACAAAGUUCAGAGAGUGGGCUUUGGAAUAUGGCAAGAUCUUCUAUCUCCGUCUGGGGCCUCAACCAGUCAUUGUGCUCAAUACUGCGGAGGCUGCAGAUGAGCUCCUCGCAAAUCGGAGUAAUAAGUACUCCAGUCGUGCCACGCCGCAUGUGGCUUAUGACAUACUGAGCGACGGCCAACGUCUGGCGUUUAAGCCAUACGAUAAGGUGUGGAAGACAAUGCGCAAGUGCCUUCAAGGUGCGAUAGGUCUUAAUCCGUCAAGGCGCGCUCGAAAAAUUCAAGAACUGGAGUCUCGGGUUUUGCUCCAUGAUUUACUCCAAUAUGGAGAUCAAACAUCACUCGGAAGUGCCGUUGAAGGGUUGCAUGAUAUGAUUUUGGAUCACCACUGGUUUGCUUUCGUUCGGAGAUAUACUACAAGUGUCGUUCUGUACAUAAUGUAUGGACAGCGGGUUCAUCAGCUUCGAGAUAAUCCCCAACUGCAUAAAAUCUAUGACGUCCUUAACAAUAUCGCAAAGAUGGCGGAACCAGGGGCUUAUCUUGCGGACGUUUUCCCUAUCCUCCGCGCUCUUCCUGAUUUCCUUGCGCCCUGGAGAGUGCACGCCCAAAAAAUGCAUCUAUGGCAAGUCCAUAUCCUACUGGAAAUGGAACUGUGGGGUGGUUUUCUCUCUAGCGCGAGGGACGCUCUACGAAAUGGAGUUGUCCGAUCAGGCUUUGUCGACUCAUAUCUACGCGCACGGGCAGAAGCUGGCCAUGAUGACGCGACUGGGAAUGGCUUAACCGACGAUGGUUGGAUGUGCGACAGACUCGUCGCAUAUGCUGCUGGUGGUAUCCUUGAAGCAGGCUCUGACACUACGGCCAGCACCAUUCAGUCCUUUUUGUUAUUUAUGCUCAGUUAUCCCCACGUUCUCCAUCGCGUGCAGGAGGAAAUCAAUGCAGUGGUGGGUUCUUCCAGGUUGCCCACUUUUGAAGACGAGGAAAAGCUGCCGUACCUAAUUGCCUGUAUCAAGGAGACGCUUAGAUGUCGUCCUCCGGCUAUCAUGGGCAUACCGCAUAAAGUGGAGGAAGACGACGUCUACGAGGGGCAUUUUAUUCCAAAAGGAUCUACGGUGAUCGGCAAUGUAUGGGCAAUCCAUAUGGAUCCUAUUCGCUUCCCAGACCCAAUGGUGUUCAAACCUGAGCGGUUUUACACAGAGGGAGAUCCCACAAAAUGGGGUGGAGGUCCUGAUGCGCUCCAUCGCUCUCACUAUGCGUUUGGCUGGGGUAGACGUUUUUGCCAAGGCAGCUAUAUCGCCGAAGCUUCGCUGUUCAUUACGCUCUCGCGUCUUAUCUGGGGAUUCAAUAUCUCUGCUUUAUUGGAUCCGAAGACGGGGAAGACAGUCGUUCCAGACAUCACAGAUGAGGCAAACUGGUGUGAUGGUAUAAUCACAGGACCAAAGCUUUACGGGGCGAAGUUCACAGCAAGAUCAGACCGGCAUGCCGAUCUGAUUCGGAAAAUGUAUGAAGAUGUGCAGCUGGAAUGGCAGAUGAUGGGGCUAGAGGGGGACAACCGAUGA